AUGAAGGUAUCCUCCGACACAACUUUGCCGAACUCCCAUCACACCCUCCCACGACCAGCUAGUGAUGAUGGGCUUUCGUUUCGAAAGAGACAAUUCCGUUCAGAGAUGAGCCUCCGAUCAAGGUCAAGCUCCAAGACCAGCACCUUUUUGCGGCGCCGCGAAGGCACUGGCCCCUUCGAGAGAGCCUCUGCUUCAGCGUCCCCACCGGUAGGGCUGAGAAAUCCUACCUCCGUCCUCGUCACUGUGGGCAAUACCAAGGCCGCGACCACCUGGAGCAUCCCAAAGAAUCUGCUCACGCACCAUUCGGCCUUCUUCAACACCAUCGUCCAGGACAACAAAGUCGCCCUUCCCGAGGACGAUCCAGAUACCUUUGAGCUUCUCGUUCAGUGGCUGUAUGCGGGUGGACUCAACACCGUGGCCACAAGAUCCGAGCCGUAUGUCAAAGCCUGGAUCCUGGGGGACAAACUGAAAUGCCUCACCUUCCGGGACCACGCAAUGCUUCAGAUACUCCAUUGCCACAAGCGAGGCGACUUUCCCGAACGGCCAAUAAGCCCAGAAAGCGUGCGACUCGCCUACGGCCAGACACAACCGGAAUCGAAGCUGCAUCUGUGGGCACUGGAUCAGUUCAAGUUCAACUCUGUCAGGGGAACUAUGUCAGGUCGGAGCGAGGAAUGGGUCCCUGUGCUUGAAGAGAUGCAUGAUCUCGAGAAGGAAACGGCACGUGCAUUGAUGAGAUCCGGUGAGCGGGGUAUCCAGAAUCCGUAUACACAGGGCCAGAAGUACUUGGAAGUCUUGAAGCACGCAGACUUUCGCGAUCCUGUUUAG